UACCGAGGACGACGGCAAGGGUGGCGAAUUAUGAUGUCAAAAAAGACAUUGACCUUAAAGUUUAUCAAUCUGAAGUGAAGUUAGCUCAAUUCGGUGAGUGCCUCCAGGAAAUUAGCACGUGUCUGCAUCAUAUUAGUAAUUAUUUUGUUGCGAAUUAAAAAACUUAAAAAAUACGAUGUUAAAGGACGUCGCCUCCCUCAUCAUGAGACACACGGUCCCCAGCCGUCGCCACCUGACGCCAGAACUGGUCCUGCGUCUUAUAACGGCGGACACUCCUCUGUGGAGGGCUGCAGAGGACCAGGUGCCUUUUAAGGAUCCCUUCUGGGCUUUCUACUGGCCGGGAGGUCAAGCCACCGCCCGGUACAUAUUAGAUAAUGGAGACAUCAUUAAGAAUAAAACAGUUCUGGAUGUUGGCUGUGGAUGUGGCGCGGGUUCCAUUGCGGCUGCAAAGAUGCAAGCUAAGCGUGUUGUUGGAAAUGAUAUCGAUCCUUAUGCAGUUGUGGCUACGAAAAUUAAUUCAGAAAUCAACAAUGUUUCAAUUGAAACGAGUACGGAUAAUUUUAUUGGCGCGAAAUGCGCUGAAUUUGAUACAAUAUUGAUCGGAGACAUGUUUUACGACGAAGAAUUUGCAAACAUGUUGUUUAAAUGGUUAAAAAUUUUAGUAUCGAAUGGCAAAACUGUGCUAAUAGGCGACCCAGGUCGCCACGGACUGACAGAUAAGAGACGUGAACAUAUCAGUCUACUAGCGAGGUAUGAUCUGCCUGAAUACUGCUGCAUGGAGAACCAUGGAUUUAGAGAGACUACUUUGUGGAAACUUAAUAAAUAGUUCUUAAGAUUUGUCUGUAUUUUGGCUCUAAUGAUGCCGUCACAUUUAUCACGAAAUUGAACGCUAUAACUACACGUUGCUUACUGUCGCAUAUGGCUUUCGUUUUCAUAGAAGGC